AUGACAACAACAACAACAACAGAUAUGACGUUGACAGCUUCAUCCAAGCGUCGACGAAUUAUAAUUAUUACCGGUGAUGAAGAUGUUCUUAAACGGAUUCGAAUUAGUAGUACGAUAUCGGAAGUCGAACCCACUGUAGUCGAAUUUAGUGAUACUACUCAAGACACUUCUCAUGUAAUGGUCGAAAUGCAAGCAUUAGUAAAACAGAAAAAGUCAAAUUUAAAAACGUUGACAUGUGUUGUAUGUGGAGGAAAAGCACUUGGUUAUAAUUUUGAUGCAAUUACUUGUCCAAGUUGUAAAGCAUUCUUUCGUCGUAAUGCAUACAAAGAUCCGAAUGAACAACGAGCAGCUAAACGUCACCAAAUUGAAGAGAAUCGACAAGUCACAUUGAAUUCCCAUGACAACCGAUCUGUACGAUCGGUAAGUACUCUUUUUGUCUACAAUUUGCAAAAUCGAUUGUUGAUUGUAUUUAUGGUUAAGUCGCCGAUGAUUACGAAUCUUUCUUCUACUCGUUCAACUUCAUCUAUUUUAUCUGUGCCAGUAACUCGAACUCCUCUCACUGUUGAAGAACAACAAGAUAUUGAAAAUAUUCAACGCUUCUAUCAAAAACGUAUCGAUUUAGCGGCUGACAGUGGUUUACCAUGGAACCCUGCGAUGUGUCCAACGUCUAUGCUACAAUUUAUUAAUUGUGGUUCCGUUACAGUUCUACGAUUGUUAUCUUUUUUUAAGCAAAUACCUGACUUUGUUCGACUCAAUGUUGAUGAUAAAAUGACAUUGAUCAAAUAUAAUCUUAUACCGAUCUCUAUUUUGAAUGCCUCACUUUGCUAUAAAUCAGAAGCCGAACAAUUUAUCGAAACCGAUUCGGAUGCACCAUACGAUGUGAAAGAUAUUCAAAAGUUUCAUGGCAUUGACUUAUCGUUGAAAAUCAAGAAGAUAAUAAGUGCAUUAUCCAAGAUAGGCCAGUCUGAUGAACGUAUUAUUCAACUUUCUUUAGUAAUCCUUCUAUGUAUGAAAGGUUUUUCAACUAUGAAAAGUGAAAACGAGCCAAUACUAAAUGAUGGAAUGGCUGUUUUUCGGGUACAAAGUUACUAUACAGAACUUUUGUGGAAAUAUUUAGAAAUGAAUCGUGGAUCGAAUGAAGCUAUUCGUAUAUUCAAUAUGCUCAUCUGUCAAUUUGUUGCAUUGCAAAAUAUCAAUCGAGAACUGUACAAUAAUCUACAAGAUAUUUUGUCGCCCACAGAUGUCGAACAUAUGCUGCCAAUAAUGAAAACACUUUUAUUAUUUUCAUAA